AUGCUUUUUAACAAGCUUUUCCUCAGUGCCGUGCUCGCUAUGAGCUCGGUUGCUGCCCUCCCCAACCCAAUGCCCGACCAAGCAGGCAUCGCAGAGCGCAGUCCCAAGAGCCACGAUCAUCAUCACUGUGGCAAACAUGCUUCUUAUAACGAGGAUAAGAAGGAGUGUGUCUGUCAUGACAGCUCUGAGACUUUUGAGAAGAAGCACAAGAAGUGUAAGAAGAUGAAGGAUGACAAGAAGGCUGUCAAGACAGAUACCAAGAAGGCCGCCAAGGACGUCAAGAAGAAGACUGAGGACAAAGAAGACGACAAGAAGACCGAUGAUAAGCAGGAUGACAAGAAGGAUGAUGAUAAGAAGGGUGAUCACAAGGAUGACAAGAAAGACAUGAAGCCCAAGUCUGAGCGAGACCUCGAGGAGCGCAGCCCCAAGAAGCAUCAUAAGGGCAAGCACCACAAGGAUCACAAGGAUCAUCACCACGAUGAUAAGAAGAAGCAUCACGAUGAGCGUGACAUCGAAGAGCGCUCCCCCAAGAAGCACCACAAGGGCAAGCACCACAAGGAUCACGAGGACCACCACCACGAUGACAAGAAGCACCAUGAUGAGCGCGACAUUGAAGAGCGUUCUCCCAAGAAGCACCACAAGGACCACCACCACUGCGGCAAGCAUGCUACCUACGACGAGGAUAAGAAGGAGUGCGUCUGCAAGGAUAGCGCUGAGACCUUCGACCAGAAGCACAAGACCUGCAAGAAGGCCAAAUCUACCCGAAGCCUCCUCCACCACUGCGGUAAGAGUGCUUACUACGACAAGGCCAAGAAGGAGUGCAUCUGCCACGAUAGCGGCAAGGAUUUUUACGCCAAGCACAAGACUUGCUCUUGCCCAAAGGGCGAGAAGUGGCACCACAUUGAGCGCAAGUGCAAGAAGUAA